UCGGUGGAGCUGCGCGAGAUGCCGAGGGAGGGCUCCGAUGGGGAAUAUCUGCCCGUGGAGGGGCACGGCCGCGCCGCCUCCAUGCCGCGGCUGCCAGCCGACAACCAGCGGAGGAAGGUCCGACCCCGAGGGAAUAACCUCAGUACCAUCCCGGACAGCCCCAUCCGCCGCUCCGCCUCCACGCUGGGCUCCGGUCGGGGCCGCUCGGUUCGUUUGGAUGAAUUCUCUUUGGAGCGCAUCGCCCCCGACGGCGGGCAGAGGCACCACGCCAGGAGGGGCCACCGCGGCCACCGCAGCUCCGAGCGCUCCGGGGGUCGUCACACCGACGGGGACACAG